AUGGAUCGUCAUGACCAAGCAGUCGAGGACAUUGCGACUGCUGUCCGCCAAUUCUUCAAGCUUGGAGAGAAAUACCGAGUGUUUCACGGCUCCUCGAACAGUACCCGUCCCCGCCAUGGAUCCAACCAGAACAUUGUUGAUAUCAGCAUGUUAUCAAACGUCCUCGCCGUAGACGUCAAUCGACAGACUUGCAUCGUGGAGCCCAACGUCCCUAUGGAUCGUCUAGUUGAAGCCACCAUUGCGUAUGGCCUUGUUCCUCCCGUUGUCAUGGAGUUCCCCGGCAUCACCGCGGGAGGCGGGUUCUCGGGGACGUCAGGGGAAAGCAGUUCGUUCCGCCACGGCUUCUUCAACGAAACUGUCAACUACGUGGAGAUGGUGCUCGGGAAUGGUGAUAUCGUCAAGGCAUCGCGGCAGGAAAGGCCAGAUCUAUUCCACGGCGCUGCCGGCGCUGCAGGGACACUCGGUAUCACCACGGCGAUGGAGUUGCAGCUUAUCGAUGCCAAGAGAUUCGUCAAGACCACGUACCGCAGAGUUGAUACUGUUGCAAAGGCCAUUUCAGAGAUCAAGAGGGAGUGUGACAACACCGAAAUCGAUUACCUUGACGGCAUUGUCUAUUCACAAGAUCACGGCGUCAUCAUCACAGGCGAAGCAACCAACGUCAAGCCUUCAGAAUGUCCCGUGCAGACCUUCAGUCAUCCCGGAGACCCAUGGUUCUAUCUUCACCUGCAGGAAAAAACACGAAAUCUCUCUCCGUCAUCAACCGUGACAGAGUACGUGCCGCUCACCGAGUAUCUCUUCCGCUAUGAUAGAGGCGGCUUCUGGGUUGGUCGCCAGGGCUACACCUACUUCAAGGCGAUCCCGUUUAACAGGUUCUUUCGUUGGCUUCUUGACGACUACUCGCAUACCCGGACUCUGUAUCAUGCCCUCCACGCCAGCCGCAUUUCCUCACAGUUUGUUGUUCAAGACCUGGCACUACCAUAUGAAACGGCUGAGACAUUCAUCAACUGGGUCGACCGCUCACUCGGGAUUUGGCCGCUGUGGCUCUGUCCCUUGAAAGGAUGCUCGAUGCCAACUUUCCAUCCGGUUACAAACAGCAAAGUCUCGGAUUCGGACAGCAUGGAGAAGCAGACCCCUCGCGAGGCUCAAAUAUCUCAACCAAUGCUAAACAUUGGUGUCUGGGGCUGGGGCCCUCAGAACUUUGACGAAUUCGUCUCGAAAAACCGUGAUCUGGAACACAAACUCACGGCUCUUGGUGGCCGCAAGUGGCUAUAUGCCCACACAUAUUACCAAGAAGGCGAGUUCUGGAACCUAUACGACUAUGGGUGGUAUCAAGCUCUGAGGGAGAAGUAUUCCGCCACAACUUUACCGACGGUAUACGACAAGGUAAAGGUCAAUGUUCAGGCCAAGGGGGAAAGUACGGAGCAGUGGAGCGAGUCCUGGCUGAGCAAAUGGCCGAUUGGAGGAUUGUAUGGCAUGGUUCUGGCGACUCUAUCUGGGGAUAUCAAUUUGCAUCGUCAGGCGAAGUGGAGGUAUUGGAGCAAGUAG